AACCGUCAUGAAUAUGGUCACUAUAUUAGUGCUGACAAGGCCAACGAUGAUCUCACCGGUGAAUGUUUUGCUGUGUUCAGUGGCCAUAUGCGAUGUGGUCGUUAUGACUUCAUAUCUGGUCUUCAUUUGGCAUUUUUUGAUUGAGGCUGCGGAUCGUUGUGAACAACGUGAUUACAGCUACGCAUGGGCUGCCUUCACGCUCUUUCAUGCACAUGCCUCCGUUAUCUUCCAUUCAACCAGCAUAUGGCUCACCGUUAGUUUCGUUUCUCGUUUCUUCGAUUCCUCAACUCGAAUCUCUUCACGUUUUUUUUUCAGUUCAUCAACGAUUAAUGAUAAGUCAGGUUCUCCGGGGUGGAUGCAACUUAUUUGCAUGAUUACGCCUUGA